UUUUGGCACUAGAUUAUUGAGUGAUGGUAUUAUAAAUGCACACGGACUGAGAUCUUUAUGGUUCAGAAGCUCAGAGGUAAAGUUUUCUGUUCAGAGGCACAGAAUCUCUGAGAGGCUUCUAGUAGUGAAAUUAUAUGGAAGAGGGCAUGUCAGAUUUUUGUUUUAGAGGUGAAAAUGUUGGUGGUAAUAGAGGUAGUGCCACUGGCACUAAGUGUGGGCGUUGGAAUCCCACAACUGAACAGGCUAAGGUUCUGACUCAACUCUUCAGUUCUGGACUCCGCACUCCAAGCACUGAUCAGAUUCAAAAGAUCUCUAACCAGCUCAGUUUUUAUGGUAAGAUUGAGAGCAAAAAUGUCUUCUAUUGGUUUCAGAACCAUAAGGCUAGGGAAAGACAAAAGCGUCGCAAGGUUGAUAAGGAUGUCAUUCGUAGUGAAAACUCCAUCUCCAUGAACUUUUUCACGCAAACAGAUAUUACGCAGCUUUAUGACGAUUCUGAGCCUGAGAAAGUGACUGAGACUCUUCAACUAUUCCCCCUGAACUCUUUCGGUGAAUCAGAAUCAAAGAAUAUGAAAGUUCAUGCAAGUGACUGCAGGGAUACUACAAUGUUUUCAUUCACAGAGGAGGAACAAAUGAACCAUCCACCAUUAGAUCUUCGCUUGAGUUUUAUGUGAACAUGGGAAUCUUUUUGGGGUGGUGCUUAGAAAAGUGGAGGGUUUUCUUUGAUAAAUUGUUAUUAGGUUUAGCAUAAAGGAAAUGCAUUAUGAAAUGUUAAAAUAUUGUAU